GAUUACAUGUCUGUAUCAUCUGACAUACCUGCGACGCGUACUUAACCGCCAAGAAGGCUCUAUUCAGUUCUUCCAGGCCAAACAAGAACAGGCCAUUUCUUUCCUAUAUCAUGACACUCUCGCAGAAACAAACCCACCAAUCCGGAACUACCAUGGCGACUACGCCGCAAACCACACCGCAAAGGUACAAUGGGCCGGCGAAGGACGGGGAUUGGGCCAAUUUCCGGGACACUAUCACAUCACUGUAUCUCGAUCAGAACAAGAGUCUAAAGGAAGUUAUGCGGAUCAUGCGGGAAGAAUAUUACUUCUUCGCAACAGAAAAGAUGUAUAAGAUCCGCUUCAAUAAAUGGGGGUUACACAAAAAACUAAGAGCUCACCAAGUCGCGGAACUUCUAGUCCAGCGGGGCCGCCGCGCCGCUGUCGGCAAGACGUCCGUGGCUUUCGUGCACGGCCGUAAGAUCGAUUCGGAUAGACUCAACACCUACCUACGACGGGUAUCGCCAGCGAGACGCAAGGAACUCCUGGCUAUACUUGCGGGCGGAACCGAGCUAGCCGGCUCGCAAAAACGAAGUAUAGAGGAAAUCAUAUGUCGAACUCCAUCACCCGAACCGGAGCCAGAGUCUGUGCCAGCACCGAGGCGCUUAGAUGCGCCCGAUGGCUUACGACUUCCUGAAGAGUGUAUGCAGAUUGUUCAAAGCUAUAUCGGAGGCGCCUUCGACUCGUCGAUAUGGCACGUUACUCCUGAUAAGGAAUUGGUGUUUCCGCGACGGCCGAGAACAUGGCUAGAUCCCGUGUCAUCCGCCAGGCAACUCUUCGUCAACGGCUUCACAGAGCAAGGUUUUCGCAUGGUCAGGAUAACCUUCGACGACUAUAGGGACGUAAUGAUACGGCAAGACCCAUCGCUUCUUGUUGAAACAUGCCUAGCUCUCGGAGCGCUGCGACAAUCUGGACCAGGCCUCUGCGAGUCCUUCAUAAACUAUGCAUAUGGCAUGUCCCGCAUCGUGUUCGGUCCUAGACAUCCCCUCCAUCUAUUAUUCACACGGUUAAAAGCGGCUGAUCCAUCCGAGAUGUCGCGGUUCAUGGGCUUAAUAAUGCAGUCCUUCCUACAAACCGUGCAACACGGCGGCAGCCUCAAACCUACAUAUCUAGCAACCGUAUACCGAGCCAUGCUCAACAGCGAGUUCAUCGAAGCACCCACCGCGCAAGGUUACAUGGAAGACCUUCUCGCUGACUUAGAGAGGUUAUCGAUAUCAUCCUCACCGUCAUCCUCCUCCUCAUCCGGCUCCUCGACCUCAUCAUCAACAUCAUCAUCGCCGCCAAAAGAACCCACACCCGAGGCGCUGCAAAAAGACAUCGAGCUCCUCCAACAUCACGUAGCAUGGCUCUGCAACCUUCACAACAAACCCACCGAAGCCGCUGCGGCCGCGCAAACCCUAGUCGAUACGCGCGGAGGCCGGGAUCCGCGAUUAUCACGAUUUAGUUGCUACAACAUGUUGCGUACCCUCCCCACAAGCCACGCGGUAUCCGAUGACGAAGCCGUGGCUAUGCUACGGCGCAGUCUGUCGAUCUGUGAAAUGGAUUUUGGACGUCAUGACAACGCCACAAUAACCGUGCUCACAACGCUACACAAAUAUUUACGCCGGACCGGGCGUAUACAAGAGGCCGAGGUUGCGAAGAGGGAGUUUGAGACGAGAUGGGAUGAAGUAGUGGGGGCUAUGGGCGGUGGGAAAACGUGACCUGUAGCCCUGAUGAAUAUCUACUACAUGGUGGAAUAAGAAGGGGGAUGUUGGAUACAUAUAUACUAGGUGCAGCAUGGGGACUUGCUUACGUUAGAGGGUCCUUACUCAUACCACUUACCUACACCGGGCAUUAUCGGAAUCGGCCUCGGACUCGGCCUCGGACACGGGACAGGGUCGGGAUUAAGGUAAUGCGCGCGAAAAUCACUGG